ACGUUACAGUGAACUUUGACAUAGAGUUAUCCCCGCACAGAGUGGUGGACCUUGCGCUGCAAGGCAACGCCCGCGAAAUCAAGGUAGACGCCCCAGAGGCGUACCAAAAAUACCCCACCAAACAAGCUAUUGGACCACUAUUGCACCCAGGCCUGCCAGACUACUCCGAGGUGGCAGCCAGCUUACACAAGUACCUGGAGGAAAAGGAUGCUCACGACACGGAUGAGUUCAUCACGGAAGAAGGGCUGUCUUCAUCCCUCCUAGGCUUCAUGGGCCAGCAGCUCACCAUGUGGAGCAACAAAUGGGCAGCUUCAGAGGACACCAUCCCAGAGCACGACUGGCUAGCCCAGAGACGCCCCAUCCCAAUCCCCCAGGCAGCAGACCCCGAAGUCCUGAGAGCCAUAGCUAGGAAGUUCAAGGAGCGCACGUGCCAGCCAGACGGGUUCCACCCUCGACACUUUGGAAUGCUCUCGAUCGGAGGUCUGCACGUUAUGAGUCUUUUGUUCCAGAUCAUGGAUGCGAUUUUCAAUGGCCCCUCAGAUAUGCGCCACAUCCAGCUUUUACUG